AUGUCCACAUAUCUUUCAGCCGAAGACAUCAGGGAUGUCGAAGCAAUACUUGGGUACGAGUUCCACGACAAGUUCCUUCUAGACAAGGCAUUUGAAGCCGCCGGCGCCACCAUGGCCCAGGGGGGAAAUCAGCGCCUGGCCCUUAUUGGCGACGCUGCCCUGAGACUCGUUCUUUACGAGCUCGGGUAUGAGUCCAAUGAACCGACGAGUGAGACCCCUUCAACAGUACUCCCUUUUUCACCUUCCUUCUUCGUGCCGGUAUUGACAGUAAAAGGCACAAUGACCAUGUCGCAAAAUACCCGUGCGACGAAUCAAAAUCUCAAGCGGCUGGGCGAAUCUCUGUGCCUAAAUGCCUACUUUCGAUUAAAUCCCUCAGCUCAGGGUGUCGCGCCCAAAACUAUGAUGGCAACUACUAUGGAAGCCAUCAUUGGCGCUGUCUACCUCGACAGCGGCAAGGAUGUCAUGACCACACGAGUUCUGGUCAUUCGGCUGGGCAUUUUGGACAAUGCCUAA